AAGCGCUUCUUCCACAUGAGCCAGCAAACGCGCACAGCCAGAACCCUCCUCCCCCAGAUGGGUCAUCCCCAGCCGCGUCGGUCGGACCCUCAGACUGGAUUGUAGCUGCGCGCAGGGGGGGCGCUUUAAAGCCUGGGCUGCUCUUUAGCGACUAUCAGUCAUUUGGAAAGUUUCUCUCCUCCUCUCUUUGACAGCGAAUCCAGAAAGAAUCGCGAAAGACGCAGCGAUGACAGCUGUGAUUACCUCCCCUCCGAGUUUCUGAGAGUUCACCUUCUUUCAUUCGAGCAUCUGAUUGCUGACGCUUUUAGAAACAUGCAAAGGAGAAACAGGAUGAAGUUGGUUUUAAUUGCAGCCUUAUUUGGACUGGCCGGGGCCAUGGCCUCUGACCACAGAUGUCCGUCGGGCCAGAAUACGACCAGCGGAGAAUGCUGCAAGCAGUGUCCGCCCGGCGAGGGCGUCGUCACGCCAUGUGGAGCCAAACAGACUGAGUGCGCUCCGUGCCUUGACAGUGAAACCUUCUCAGAAAAUUUCAGCCACAAAGAGAAAUGCCAGCCUUGUACAAAAUGUACAGGCCUGCUCCGCAUGGAGACGCCCUGCACCGACUCCAAUGACGCCAUUUGCACGUGCAACUAUGGCUACUACCUAGACGACAACAUGGGAAGGUGUGUAGCCUGCACCAAAUGUCCUGAAGGCCAUGGCAUGUUGUACAGCUGUGAGAUGGACCAUGACACGGUGUGCGAGGAGUGCACCGACGACACUUUCUCGGACCAGGAUAGUUACCGAGACCCCUGCAUGCCCUGCAACACUUGUGAGGAGGAAGAUGGUGUGCUGGAGGAAUGCACCUCUAUCAGUGAUACUGUUUGUCAAACAACCGACCCACCACCAGAGGACUCAUCCUCUCCUAACGCUAGCUCCCCAGAGCCCCCUGAUAUUGCCAGCACGCCAGACAACCCCCCACCAGAGGUCCCUAUCAACAACAGCACCACCACCAACGGAGACUCCCAACAACUGAUCUACCAGGGAUUAAAUGAUAAACUCAUCCCCAUCUACUGCUCCAUCCUGGCAGCGGUCGUCGUGGGUCUUGUGGCCUUCAUCAUCUUUAAGCGAUGGAACAGCUGUAAGCAGAACAAGCAGGGAGCCAACAACUGCACCACCAACCCGAACCAGACUCCGUCACCGGAGGGCGAGAAGCUCCACAGCGACAGCGGCAUUUCUGUGGACAGCCAGAGUCUGCAAGAGCAGCUGGGCCAGACUCAGUCCCAAACUGUUGUGACCAUCGAUGAAGAACCUUGUCUGCUCCUUCCUCUCCACACCAGAGAGAAGGUGGAGAAGCUGCUUUUCCGGAGCAACGAAGGAGACAACAGUGACCACAUGCAGGACAGCGACUGGUGCAACCUGGCAGGCCUCCUCGGAUACGAGGAGGAGCGGAUCGCGACCUUCCAGCAGGAGGAGCAUCCCGUCCGAGCGCUGCUGUCCGACUGGGCGAGGAAGGACUGUGCGAGCGUCGACGCGUUGUGCACGGCGCUUCGCAAGAUCAACCGCGAAGAUGUCGCACAAAGUCUGGUGCUUAGCCCGAGCGUUGCAAAGCCAACGGCUACUUCUGUGGUGUAAUCUUUCCCAAAAAAACUUAACACCUGAACCUUAACGUUCAAAUAUUCCAAAUACAGCAUCUCACAUUAUUCCACAUAAUAACUGCUACAGCUGCUUGACACUAUACCUUUAUGAGGCAACAGUCACAGAGAUUAUCUUAGAAAUCCCUGAAAUUGCAUUUAUCUAAAGGGAAAUGUAAUACAUUACACAGAACCUAACGAUUAUUACAAAAAGCAAGUCGGUUUUACCUAUUCCAAAUCCAUCGGUUCAUCCAAUGGCAAUUUCAAAGUUGGAAAGGUAGAUUUUAUUUUGAAUCAUGGUGACAUUUGGCUUAACUAGCCAAAGUUAGGACAGUCGUGUGCUUUGAACACAAACUUUCUCUUAUAGUCUCUUUCAGCUUGAUCCCGUCUCUUUAUCCCUAAAUCUCUAUCUCUGUGGCCGUCCCUACUCAUUAAGUUGUCUUCUUCUACAUCUAUGUUACCAAAGAAGCAGAGAUGUUGUCAGACCCAACCUGUUCAGUGACAUCAUUUGAACGUCACUUCAGAUUCUUUACAUUUAUUUGUCAAAUGACUUGCCUCUGUUAGUACUGUGUCUGUUUCUUCUACUGGAUAACGUUGCCAUUCUUCAGAGCGUCUGGAUUUGUGCAAAUUUUAUACCCUUAGAAGGUGCUGAUGGACUCGUUUCAAGGAAGCUUUCAAGUCCCCCCCCUUAUAGUGUUAGAUGAAAACACAAAGCAGCAGUGCAUGUGGAUAUGUUUUUUUUUUCUCCCAUCAAGUGCUAUACCAAGGGCUAGCUGCAACCUGUUGGUAUGUAGGCCCAGGUUAUGAACCAAUGGAACAUGCCUCCAGUAUCAGUGUCACAACAUUACCCUGGAAAUAAUAGAAACUCCUGCAUACUAUAUUUACACGGCAAACAAGUAGACACAAAUGUAGGCUUAGAUUUAGCUGACAUACUUACACAUCUACAGUCUGUAGCCCUGCAUGCAUGUACUGUGCUGAACAGUGACACAACAAUAGUGUUUGUCUGUACAUUUGCAUUCAAACUUAACGAUGAGAGGACAAAUAAAACGUUAUACUCUGCCAUAUGUUUGGCAUGGCACACUCUCAUGGGGGACCAUAUGCUGUUUAUUGUCAGUAUUUGUGGCAUUUUGAUUUUACUCGGUGUAAAAAGAUGUCUAAAGUCUUUAUGGUCGCUUUUGUUGGUAAUGUGCUAUUUUUGCAGGAAAUAGCAUAGAUCGAGAAUCCACAAGCUCGGAUUAAAAAUCUCACACAAACAAGAAAAAUAACUUUUUUUAAUCCCAGCUGAACUUUCUGUUGGAUUGCCUUAAUUUUCUCCAAAACGGGUUAGCUUGUUUACUACUGCUAACGAAUUGUUCCGACAUGUCACCAACUCCAAACAAAACUUUCUCCUCUUUUAAUAACACGUGCAUUGUCUCACAAAUGUGAGUACACCCCUCACAUUUUAUUGUAUCUUCUUAUAAUAUAUAUACACUUUCAUGCUAGUCACUGGAAGCUCAACAUGGCACCUCAUGGCCUUUUGACAAUCGGAAAUUCAGAAUCGCUGCUCUACAUAAAGAUGGCCGAGGCUACACGAAGACUGCUGACACCCUGGGACUGAGCUGCAGCACUGUGCCAAAGACAGGUUCUGCCCAGAACAGGACUCACCCGGAAGCGUCAUAUCCAGAUAUUGCUGCCAGCAUUGCAGCGAGGGUUAGAGGCGAAGGCUGUCAGCCUGUCAAUGCUCAGACCAUGCGCCACACACUGCAUCAAAUUGGUCAAUUGGUCUGCAUGGCGGUUGUCUCAGAAGGAAUCCUCUUCAAAAGAUGCUUCACAAGAAAACUAAGGACAUUGAUUACCAGGAGAACCUUGUUUGGUAGCAAGCAAGUGAGGAUUACAAGGAGAAGUGGGUCUUUGCCUACAGUCAAGUAUGGUGGCUGUGGGGAGCUGUAGUACAUUGAGGGAGCCAUGAAUGCCAGCAUGUACUGUGUCAUACUGAAGCAGGCAUGACCCCCUCUCUUUGAAAACUGGUCCACAGGGCAGUAUUCCAACAUGAUAACAUCUCUCAUGGGAAGUGUGUUUGUGGUCUAAAGGUGCUGAACUGGCCAAGCUUGCCUCCAGAAACCUAACCAUGUUAAAGAUCUGUGGAGCAGCCUCAGAUUAUUGGUAGAGGAGGUGGAGGAGUGGAAGAAGGCUCCAGUGGCAACCUGUGAAGCUCUAGUGAGCUCUUUACCCAAGACAGUUUAGGCAGUGUGGCUCCACAAAAAUCAGAUACUCUGGGCCUGAUCUGGACAUUUUCACUUAAGGGCAUACUCACUUCUGAUGCCAGCGGUUUAGACAACAAUGGCUGUGUGUUCAGUUAUUUUGAGGGAACAACAAAUCUGAAGUUAUACAAGCUGUACACUGACUAUUUCACAUUGUAUCAAAGUGUCAUAUUUUAGGUGUUGCUCCAUUAAACAAAUCAUUGUAAAGAUAUUUACAAAAAUGUCAGGGGUGUACUUGCUUUUGUGAGAUGCUGUAGUUGACUAAACACACACAGCUGCAGUCGCCAAUACAGUCAUUUUUUUCUCCGGCUGAUAAUUAAUCCAUAUGAAGCAGUUGUGGCUAAAGUGCGGGGUUAACGUUAGCAUGUUUCCUCUGUUUUGCUAUGACCUGGUAAAAAUUCGGUAGUAAAUCAAUUCAUUGUAGUUUCAUUUUAUAGCUAGCAGACAAAACUUUUAUAGCUAGCAGAAAAAAAACGUAUUGCGCCUAGUAAACUUUGUGCUUUUGUUUAAUGUCACGCAAUCUGGAGAGCACUGCGCUUAGCAGAUUACGUGACACAGUUUGACUGCGAGGUGCAGCAGCCAAGACGAUCUCUCUUUCACUUUAAAUCUUAUUGUAAACUGUCAGGAACACUUUAAUUACUAGGUACAAUUUUGUAAACCCUGAAAUAGUUGAAUGGCUACAACACAAAAACUACACAAACUAAUUUUUUGUUGCUAAAAUUCUCAGGGAAGUUUAUACUCAAAUCUCAAUCUCUCAACAAUUGAAUAAAUGCACUCUGGAAAGACUAAAGAUGCCAUUAUUCUUGCGGCUGACAAUCCUUCAAACGAAUGAAUUGGACACAGAAACUGGUCAGCGGAAAAGAAAAAAAAAGAGAGGGGAGUUUUGUUUCUUCUUUGUUCGGAACAAUGAACGCCGGAUAAAAGGCAAGCCAGCUGAGACAAAAGUCACAGGAUGUGUGAGAGAAACGGAGAAGUUUCAGAUUACUUCAAUCAAUGCAAAGGUGAAACCCAGGCAUAUAUGUUAAUCAGCUUGUUCAGGCGUAAGCAUGCAGAUAUUUCUUUAUUAUUUUUUAUUGUUGUGUUGUAACCUCUUGAUUUCAACUGGGAAAAUAUUUUCUUCAUCUCAUGUUAUAUCUUAUUUUUGUAUACUGUGCUUUUUAUUAGGAAGAGCUUGGACCCACAUUUUUUGCUCACUGUCUGUAUGAGAAAAACAACAGAAGACACAAAUGUUAGGGCUAACUCACCCAACUCUCCAACCUGAGCUAUUACACUGAAGCACAGUUUGCUAUUCUUUACUAGUAUACUGAGCAUAAUACUGUUGUAUUACUUUAUAUGAAGGUAUUCUUUCUACUACUAGAACUCUACAAGGUUGUUUGAUUCCUAACAUGCAAUUUUAAAUAGUAUUACAUUUCUGUCUGAUUGUAGCACUUAAAUGUGUAAUCAUUCAUGUCUUUUAUGCAUCAGAAGUGCCUGGGAACUCUAUCAGGUAUAUGUUGGUGUUGUACAUUUAUUGUUUUUAGGAAUCUUGAAGAGUAAUUAUUGUUUUUUAACUUGUAAAUAUUUUUGUCUUUAUCCUUUAUUUUAGUUGAGUUAGACCCUUGGAGACGCCACUGUAUAGUGUAUAUGCAAACAGGGCUUACUCUCUUACUCUGAGGUCUUUCUGUGUUUAAUGUAAGCAAAUAGCAAAAAAAAUGGGGUUUUAUUUCUAAUCAAUGACGAUCAGGUGUUUUAAGGGUUUGAGGAAUAAAGAAGAUGAAAAUGAAAGUUAGUUCACGACAAACAAAAGAAGCUAGAAGUCGCAAAAGAAAUCAGUUGUUUUAGCAGAUGUAUCUUAGUAGAAGUGGUUUACCAUAUUUGAUUUAUAAACACAAAAAGAAGACAAAUCCAACUACCCAAAAGCAACAUGUUAAUCCUGAAACGCUAAAUGAGGCUAAAUGAGACAUUUCUGUGCUUGCUCAUUAGUGCCAUAUAAUUAAUCUCAUUUAAGUUAUGAGAGCGGCUGCAUACACAACUUUUAGAAAAUGCCAAUGAUGCGUUUGUUAAUGCAACUGCAGGGAGGCACGGAUGUGAACCCUUCAUGCUAAUUUAACAAGCUGAAGCUAAGUUGCUAAUUUACUCAAUUUACUUUCCAAAUCAAAAGCUCUGCCUUCUUUUUCCCUUAAAUCAAUGAUUUUGACAUCUCAUUUGCAGAUCAAAUUAUUUGCAAAAGUUUACAAUUCUACUAGCUGCAUGCUAAUAUUCUUACAUGUACACUAUCAUUAGCUAUAGCAUACAACAUUCGCCAAAACUCAACAUAAUGGAGAUUAGCACAGAAGUCACAAAACAUUCCCAGACCAAAUUAUCCUGAAACAUUUGCACCAGCAAAAGCAAAGCUUCUAUUUAUUUUUUAUCUUGAGAAGUUUGAGUCCCAGAUGAGCUUCAGUGUUACAUUAAUAAUGCACACAUUGUUCUACCACGAGGAAAAAGUGUUUUAGUUCUUGAAACAUAUAGGAUCUAAUGGACUUCUCAAACCUUGAUGCCUCAUCCUGAUCCUGGGGUUUCUGUGCUUUCUGCAUGUACUUUGGUUUAUUUAUACAAGGUAAAUUAUGUCAAACAAUACAGAUUACUUUUUUCUCUCUUUCUUUGCCCAGGAUGUUGAAAACAGUUGAAGGUGAAUGUGGUGACAUUGCACUUGAGACACAAGUUACAGCCUAAUUAUGCAAAAGGAGUAAUAAAUAUAGGUUGGUGUGAGAGGGUAGGGGUGAAAACUGUGUUUGGGGUGUCCAUUUGGGUAAAAGAAAUCCCUGAUGUCUUAGUAAACAGUGAUGGGACUGACAGUAAACCAGGACUGAAUUGUACAGAAACACUGAAUGUUCCAUGUAUACUAGUACUUAUACUGAAUGUGAAUUUGCUUUAAGUCCUACAAUAGCCAAGCAGUAAAUAAAGCUCUUUAAUUCAA